UACCAGUUAAUACUUGAAUGAAUUCUAAUAAAAAAUUUUAAAUUAUAACAUAUACAAAUAAUAUACAAAGAUAUAAAACAAUAAUUACAGCAGCAGUAUAUAACAUUAAAAAUGAAUGGGAUCAUUCCUGAAAUGGAACAAAUAAUUAGUCAGCUUGAACGUGGAACUGUGGUAACAAAAUUUUUCUCAAGGAAACGACCAGAAAAAAAAACCUUAAUGAUACGAAGAGAAACUAGACAAAUUGUUUGGUCAAGGAGUUCUACCUUUAGACCUUUUGACGGUUCUGUUGAAAUAAGAGAGGUCAAAGAAGUUAGGAUAGGCAAGCAUUCCAAAGAUUUUGAGAAAUGGCCAGAAGAUGCAAAGAGGAUAGAAAGCUUGAGAUGUUUUGUUGUAUUCUAUGGUUCUGAAUUCAGGUUAAAAACUCUUUCAAUAUCAGCUCUGAGUGAAAAGGAAUGUGAGUUAUGGGUUAAAGGUUUACGUCAUUUGGUGCAAGAUACUAUUAAUGCUCCAUAUCCUUUACAAGUUGAAAGAUGGCUUAGGAAAGAAUUUUAUGCAAUGGAGAAUUCAAGAGAAACAGUUACAUUAAAGGAUGUUAAAGCAUUUUUACCUAGAGUUAAUUGCAAAAUUGCAACUAACCGUCUAAGAGAAUUAUUUCAAGAAGUAGAUACAAGAAGCAGAAAUGAACUUGGGUUUGAUGAUUUUGUUAUUUUGUAUCAUAAACUUAUGUUUGAUCAGAAUAAUCUUGCAGAUUGGAAUAAACUAUUGAAUUAUUCUAAGUCAGGACAAACUAUUACUCUUCAGGAAUUUCAAAACUUUUUAAUCACUGAGCAACAAGAUGCUUUAGGAAACAAUGAUAUAGAAGCUUCACGUUUUAUUAGAGACUAUCUUCAAGAUCCACAAAGAGAUAUACAAGAACCAUAUUUCACAUUUUCUGAAUUUAUAGAUUUCCUUUUUUCCAAACAAAAUGAUAUUUCGGAUCAACGAUAUAAUCAAGUGACUCAAGAUAUGACUAAGCCUUUAGCUCAUUAUUGGAUUGCAUCAUCACAUAACACAUAUUUGAUGGGUGAUCAAAUAAGCAGUGAAAGUAGUUGCCAAGCUUAUGUACGUGCAUUAAGAGCUGGUUGCAGAUGUAUAGAACUAGAUUGUUGGGAUGGUCCUGAUGGAAUGCCUUUUAUAUUCCAUGGACAUACAUUAACAACAAAAAUAAAAUUUCUAGAUGUUAUUAAAACUAUCAAAGAACAUGCUUUUGCUACAUCUGAAUAUCCUGUUAUUUUAUCCAUAGAAGAUAAUUGUACAUUGCCACAACAAAGAAAAAUGGCUAUUACAAUGCAAGAACUGUUUGGAAAUAUGCUAUUAGUUCAAUCAGUAGAUAAAAAUGAAACUUGUUUACCAUCUCCAUAUGCAUUAAGAAAGAAAAUAUUAUUAAAACAUAAAAAACUUCCUGAUGGAGCUGAUGAGACAUCAUUUCUUAUUCGUAGUGAUGAAAGUAGACAAGAAAUGGAUCUUAGAAAUACUGUAAAAAAUGGAAUAUUAUACUUGGAGGAUCCUGUUGAUAGAGAAUGGAAUCCACAUUUUUUCGUAUUAACGCAGCAAAAGCUAUUUUAUACAGAUACAUUCUCAAGAGCUCAAGAGACAGAGCAUGAUGAUGACGAUGAAGGAUGUAUUCGAAGACCAACAGAUGGAGUACCAAAUGAUGAACUACAUUUUGGUGAGAAGUGGUUUCAUGGAAAGUUAGCAAAAGGCAGGGAAGAAGCUGAAGAAUUAUUACAACGAUACUCUCAUCUUGGCGAUGGUACCUUCCUAGUUCGACAAUGCGUUACAUUUGUUGGUGACUAUAGUCUUUCCUUUUGGCGUAAGGGCAAAGUAAACCAUUGUCGUAUAAAAUUAAAACAAGAAAUGGGUCAAACACAAUAUUAUCUAAUUGAUACAAAUUGCUUUGAUAGUUUAUACAGUCUAAUAACAUAUUAUCGCAAUAAUCCCCUUAGAAGUCAGGAGUUCUUAAUUACACUCCAAGAACCUGUACCUCAACCAAAUAAACAUGAGGAAAAAGAAUGGUGGCAUGCAGAAUGUACUCGUACUUUAGCAGAAGAAAUGUUAAAAUGCAUUCCCACUGAUGGUGCAUUUUUAGUGAGACCUAGUGAAAAAGAAAGUAACUCUUAUGCUAUAUCUUUUAGGGCUGAAAAGAAAAUUAAACAUUGUAGAAUAAAAUUUGAAGGACGUUUGUAUACCAUAGGAACAGUGCAAUUUGAAAGUUUAGUUGAAUUAGUAAAUUACUAUGAAAGGAAUCCACUCUAUAAGAGAAUAAAGCUAAGUCAUCCUGUCAAUCAAGAUGUCAUCAGAAGAGUGGGUUUGGAUGCAGAUGAUGGAUCUGUUUAUGGUAUACCUGGAUACAUGGACCCAACAAGUUUUGGAUCUAAAGUAACAGUGAAAGCUCUUUAUGAUUAUAAAGCAAGAAGAGAAGAUGAAUUGACAUUGGUAAAACAUGCUAUAAUUACUAACGUGACGCGACAAAGUGGUGGUUGGUGGAGAGGAGAUUAUGGUGGUAAAAAGCAGCAUUGGUUUCCAGCAAAUUAUGUUGAAGAAAUAGAUUAUCAAGAUAGUCCAGGAGAUUCUACAGAUUCUAUGAUGCUUGGUAGUCUUCAAAAGGGUUCGUUAGACAUUAUGGGUGCAGUUGUCGAAUUAACAUUAGGCGAAAGACCUGGUUUGGAAUGGAUUUUACGAAUACAAAAUCCUAGUAUGUGUUCUGUAUUUGAAGUGGCAACACCAUCAAAAGAUAGUGCAUUAGAAUGGAUGUCAAGUAUUAAAGAAACGGCACAGAACGCCAGUGUUAGAGAAAAUCAACACAAAGAGAUGGAGCGAGCAUGGAGGAUAGCAAAAGAAAUGUCUAAUCUUAUAGUAUAUUGUAGAUCAGUUGCUUUUAAUGUUGAACGAAUUAGAGCAAAGGGAUUUAUAUUCCAUGAAAUGAGCAGUUUCCCUGAAACUAAAGCAGAAAAACUCAUGUGCCAGCAAGAAAACAAGUUUUUCUUAAAAUAUCAUCAGAUGCAAUUUAGUAGAGUAUAUCCUAAAGGUCAACGUAUUGAUUCAUCUAAUUAUAAUCCUGUGCCAAUGUGGAAUUCUGGUUGUCAAAUGGUAGCUUUAAAUUAUCAAACUGGAGAUAAAUCUAUGCAAUUAAAUCAAGCUAAAUUUAAAGAAAAUGGUAGCUGUGGUUAUGUGCUGAAACCAGAUUUUAUGUUCAGAGAUGAUUUUAAUCCUUAUGACAAAAAUUGCUUGUAUGGAAUAGAUGCACUUAAAAUUAGCUUAAAAAUUAUUGGUGCAAGACAUUUGAUUAGAUCUGGAAGAGGAACAGCUAGUCCAUUUGUUGAAAUAGAAGUAAUUGGUGCAGAUUUUGAUAAUGGGACAAAAAUAACAACCAAAACAAUACAUGACAAUGGUUUUAAUCCCAUGUGGAAUGAGUCUUGUGAAUUCGAAAUAUACAAUCCAUACUUUGCUCUCAUAAGAUUUGUAGUACAAGAUGAAGAUAUGUUUGGUGAUAGUAAUUUUAUAGGGCAAGCUACUUAUCCUGUCCGUUGUUUAAGAACAGGAUAUAGAAGUGUUACUUUAAAAAACAACUAUAGUGAAGAUCUAGAACUUGCUGCACUUUUAGUACACAUUCGAAUUAUAAAUUUUUCUGUAAAUGUAAAUAGUGAUCUCUUUUCUUGUUUCUUUUUCAGAUAAUUUUACGAAUAUUUAAUUUAAUUAUAUUAUUUAUUUUUUAGGCAACAUCGUGAACUAAUGGAAAAAAUUAUUAAAUGAGUAGAUCUGAUACACUGUCCACAAUGUUUGGUAUAGUGUUUCACAUGUACAUAUAUUUGAUGAGUGUUCUGUGUGUACAUUGUGGUGAAAUAGAACCACGAAUAAUAACAUCUUUUAAAAAAAUGAAAAUGAUAAAAAUGAAUGUUAUUUUCUAUUGAUUUAAUUUGAAUGAAAUUCAAAGUAAAAUCUAUUUUUUAAUAACUAUAAAAUAUCAUUGUGAACUUGGUUUUCUAUUGAUUAAUCAAAAAUAAUAUUUUAUGUUAUUGAUUACUUAAUUUUAUAAUCAGUGGACAAAUAUAAUUCUUUGAAGUAGCAUUUACUAGUUAUAAAGUUAACUUCAAUGGAUGAAGUGGUACAUAUCUUUACACAAUCAAUAAUUUUUAGUAUCUUGUUACUAUCAUGAAUUUUAUUAAUUUUUUUCUUAUUUCAUAUAUCAUCGCAUUUAUUUUGAUUAUAUGUUCCCAUAUGUAUAGCUUUAUAAAAAAAUAUACAUUCAAAUAGUAUUUCUAUAAUACUUCCAAUGUGCAUUAUUUAUAACUAAUAAUCUACAUUGUCUUAUAUUUAUGUAUCAAAUCUAUUAUAUUAUAUAAAGAAGUAAAGAAGUUUAAAUGCGGUCAAAUAGAAACAGCUACAUGACUUUUGCACAUAUCAACAAAAAAAUACAAUAUAAAGAAGAUGGAUAGUAACAAGUAUUUUUGUGUAGUAUAUAUGUUGAAUUGUGAAAUAAAAAAAAAAUUUCCAGUAAA